AUGGUCGAAGAGAAGUCUCACUCAAGUAAGACAGGCAUUACUGCCUCUCUCGAAGCUCUUACAAUAAAUCGGGUUAAACAGGAACCUAACAAUGAUAGUAAAAUUGAUAAGAUUGAAUCAGAUAUUAAAAAAUUGAUGAAAGUGGUUAAAGAACUUACUAGCAAUAACUCAUCUUCUGUAUUCUCUCAUUCAAGAAAUCCAAACUCUGUGCAAAACUCAAGGCCCCAAAAGAGGAAUGUCGAUAAUCAUCGGUAUUUCAAUUGUCAACAGGAAGGGCAUAUUUCGUGCAACUAUCCGAAUAUAAUACUUCAAAAUCUACCUGUUGAACAAGGGAAUAAACAGACAGAUGCAAGAAAUAAAGCUAUUGAAAUAAAAGAUGCAAACAUUCAAUAUUUUGAAGUAACAUCGGGGUCAGAUAAUUUGGGAAUUGAAUGUUUGAAAGUUGAGAUGGUAAAAGGAGAGCCCAUAUUUAAUGUAAGAAAUUGGGACCUCAGAAAAAGAAAGUGUACCGAUGUACCGAUGAAGAUGAGUGAUGACGAAAAUGAUGAAAUGGAUGUGCCAUUGAUGCGGAGGGUUCAAAUAGACAAGCCUGAAAUAGAAAAGAUGAAUACUGAGUAUAAAGAAAUAAUCAGCAAGGCUAAUAAUAGCAAUCAAUUAAUGCUACAAGAACUCAUACCGAUCGAUGACGAUCAACUUGAAGAGAAUAAGCAUCGUGGUCAGAUCAUUUACUGGAGUGCUAAUCAAAAAAAUAAAGGAGACAUUAAUGUUGGGGGCCCAGAUUUAAUUAUGCGUCUUACGGUGGAAAAUAGUAAGAUGUUGGAUAUUAAUCCUGAAAUAUCGAUGAAAAAUAGGUUUACCUAA